AUGGCGCCAGUCUACAAGCUGGGCCUGUGGGGCAUCCUCUCGUUGGCCGCCCUGCUGAUUGUCCUUGUCGGCGACGAGACCGCGGCCUUCCGGCUGCGGGAUCACGCUUCGGAAGAGGAUGACCGGAGUGUGCAUACGGCCGGUGCGCUGAACCGGCGGAUCUUCGCGCUGGGCCGGGGAGAACGUGCCAAACCGAAAUCCUGGUCGCGGCUGCCAAAAGAUGAGUACGAUGACAACGAUAACGACGACGAUGGUGGUGAUGAUGAUGAAAACGGUGACAACGAGUACGAGCAGGCAGCCAUCCGUCGGGCUGCGGAAAAACGAUUUGGGUUCGCCGGCCGCCGAGAACCGCCCGCCGGGAGUAGUGCUGCGAAGCGUCGGGAAGACGUCCGCUGGCGGUUGGACAAGGACGACGACGAUGAGGACAACGACGACGACGACGACGACGACGACGACGACGACGACGACGAUGUUUCUGGGGAUGAAGAAGACGACGGUGAGGUUAGGACUAUUUUUAAUCUGUACGGGUGGCUUGGAUCGACAAGGAGCAGCGAUCGAACAGUGUCAACAACAUCCGAUUCCCAUAGUGACGACGAUCGCAAAGCUCGGCACAAGGAGGUCGCUUCGUCAAGAUCGUCGAGCAAGCAGCGGAGAAGCCCGAAGGCGGAGAGUGAUCUGCAAGCAGCAGCCGACGGGUUCGAAAAUGGUGGCGGAUUGCUGGAAUCGAUCCGAGGGUUUUUGGAGGCAGCCAAAACAAAAACAUCGGCCCUCAGCUUCGAUGCGAGUGUGCUGAAUUGGAUCGAAAAGUUUACCAACACUCCGACGGAUGAUGAGGAUACCGUAGGCUGGUUCCAGGUCAGUGGCAGCGGCAGUGACUCGCCCAUCGUGAGCCCACGGAAAGACGAAUCAGGCUCCUCGGAUGAACUCAAAAACGCUCCCGGUACCGGUGACCCCAAAAAGAUGCAGUCGAAACAGGACUCCGCUUUCGUGCAGCUGCUGAACGAGAGCCCACUCACGUCGCUGUUCAGCAGCGACGAGCUGCCGGAGGAAGCCCCGAUCGAUGCGGCGCCCAAGACCCCACCCAAGGUGCCGCACGGUCGGUCGAAAGUGGUCAAGGAGCGCAUCGCGAUAUCGCCGGAAGACUUCCAGCAGCUACUGCUGCGGGUACCCUCAUUCGUGCCGGACUACUCGCGAGUCGCCAAUCCAGAGUGCCAGCGGCAGGGCCAGAUUUUCGAGCGCCAGCUGCGAGGCAAGCGACUCUGGGCACUGAAGAUGAUCGACGCUAGUGCCAAGCUCAGCUCGGGGUUGCUGCAGGGCAACGCGCACCAGCUCGGUGACUACGACCUGUGCACGGGCAUCUCCACCAAGGUGCAGGUUACCGGUAGCGAACAGGUGCGCAUCCGCGGGAAGUACUGCCUGGCUCACAUCGACGUCGUCGCCGAAGACGACGAGCUACAGCUACCGGUGCAUUUGCUGCAUGGCCGUGGCUUCAUUCGCAGCACGCUGAACGAUCCGAAUCACUUUCUUCCACGGUUUACCACGAUCAACUGGGGUAUCUGCCUGCCAGCUGCGUGCACCUUCGAGGACGCCGGCAGCAUCGUGAAGAACUUCGUCGGUCCGUACAACUCGACCGGCAUCAGAAUAUACCUGGAGCUCGAGGAGGGCAACUGUCACGUACGUCAGACGCGCAGUCGGAUGCUGCCGGUCCGGGAAAAUUGGAAGCUAAUGAUGGCUAUUGGCUUCUACACAUUCGUCGUGGUCGUAACGGUCGUGGCUACGCUGAACGACUACGAGAUCUUCAUCAAGAUAGACCCACCGGCGGCCGGCAGCGGAGGUACUGCCGCACCCGAGCAGCCUACAAACGUGCUGCACCAGAUGUUGAUGGCAUUUUCGCUCAAAAAAACACUACAUCAAAUCUUGGGUGGCGUACCGGAAGGCUACGAGCAAACGGAAGACCGACCGACGUUCGCGUGUCUGUACGGGCUGAAGGGUGUUGCCAGUGUGGCGCUAUUUUUCGCCCUCCGCCUGGUGCCGCUAGGGUUCCAACCGUUCACGAACCGGAACGAGUUCACCGAGAGUUUUAACGCGCCCUGGAGUGUGGCCGUCCGGGUGCUAAUGCUCUACGCCGACCUCUACUUGGUGGUCAGUGGGUUCUUGGCUGCGCACCAUAUGAUGCACGAAUACCAGACGCGCAGUCGGCUGGCGUGGUUCAAGCGUCUCGUGGGUCGGUACCUAAGACUAACGUUCCCGCUGAUUCCGGUGUUGGCAUUCUACGCCCUCAUCUGGGAGCACCUGGGCAGCGGUCCUCAGUGGGGCGACGUCGUGGUCAAGAAUGCCAACCUGUGCAAGCACAACUACCACAGCAAUCUGCUGUUCAUUCACAACUGGUAUCCGAUCGAGGAAACGUGUGCCCCCCACACCUUCCAGCUAGCGAUCGAGAUGCAGCUGAGCGUGCUGGCACCGUUUCUGAUGAUUGUGCUCACCAAGAACCGGUUCUACGGGAUGAUCGCCUACGUCCUGUUGCACUGCCUGUCGACGGCGAUCCGCUUCUCGAGUACCAUGGAGGACCGCCUGGUGCCGUACAUCUUCCACGGUGUGCGCCUCACGCAGCUCUACCGUACGCUUAACCUGUCGCUGACCGAAACCCUGCACCGCAUCACUCCGUACCUGACCGGCUUCGGGCUUGGCUGUUUGCUGCAGGAGACGCAAGACCGACAGUCGCGACACCAGGAACGUGGCAUCCGGUGGAGUGGCUGGUUAGGUGCCGGCGUCGCGCUGCUGUGGUGCCUUCUGUCGCCGCUCGAGAUCGUGCGCAACGACUUCCAGUACGAGCCCCUGGAAGCGGCCCAGUACGCAGCCCUGGCUCCCCUCGCUUGGUCACUGGGCAUCUGCUGGGUCAUCUUCUACUGCAUCACUGAGGACUCCAGCGCACUGAAUCGGCUGCUAAGCUCGCGCCCGCUCGUGCUGCUGGGCCACCUCUCGUACUCGCUGUCGCUCGUUCAGUUUCUCGUGUUCUUUUACUUCGUUGGCACGACCCGCGGUAGCGAGGUGUUUAGCCUCGGGACCUACAUCAACCGUACCGAGCUGUGCCUUCUGGUCGGGGCCGCUCUCUCCAUUGCGCUCCUGUUCGACCUGCCGAUCCAGAACGUGAAACGCUUUCUCGAUACGGCCGGCGUGCUAGAUUCGUUCGAGAACGUCGAGCCUGUUGAGGUAAAACAACCACCCGCGGUCAGUCCAGCUGUCGACGGGGAAGAAUAUUCCCAAGAAUUGGGCGAGCUAACGUCCACGACACCUGCCACAGUGUUGGCAUCGGAAGGGGAGAACGAACCAGAACCACCACAGAACGCAGACGAUGAAGAAGUCGAGGACUUUUGGGCACAGAGCAGUGCGCAGGAGUUGACCAAUACGGCCGAUGGAUCCCAGCAGUCAACAAAACCGGAGCCCGAAACGGAACGGGAUGAGAAAACCGACCUGCACGAAGAGCUAGGGGAAGACUACUACGAGGAGGAGGAGGAAGAAGAAGAAGAAGAAGAGGCAGAGAUUGACGAAGAGAAAGAGGUCAAGCGAAGACCCACAACGAACGGGCGCGAAUGGUCUCGGACGUGGGAUUUGUUGGACGACUAACGCCCGUUGGUCGCUGAAAUCGAACUAAAUGCAGGUAACUAUAAGGGUGUACAAACACGUUUGGACGCGCGCAUCUUAUGUCAUUCGUCGCUUGAAUGCACGAUAAACGAUAAAAUUUCUUGUUUAAAUUAACGAACGCCUGUUGAUCCGUUCGAAAUUAUAAAGACUAUAUAUUUGUUGCUAUCGUUCGAACAAGCUUGUACCACUAGGUAACAGAGGGCAGCACAGGCGGGCUUGAAAUUUAGAACUCGAGGCACUCGAGCGGCUGUCAGCUGUCAGUGCUGGGUACUAAAUCAAAACAAAACAUAAAAUAGAACAGCUCCAGUUGGUUAAAAAGGUCCAUCGCGUGAAAAUGAACAUUCGUAUUCUCUAUCUGUUGUGUACCGUGCCAAUCGACGCAUUUUAUAUCACACCACAUCACCCACCAAUUUCACAACUACGAACAGACUAAUGACCCCCGCGGGGCCACGUAUGUAAAGGCCGCUUUGAAUCCGCUUUUUCCGAGAACUGUGGGCGAUCGUCCGUUGAGAUUACGCUUGGCGGUUUCUGUAUUCAACAACUACAGUUUUCUUUCUCAAGUUUUUAAGGAACGAUAUCCUUCGGCACGUUAUGAAGCCUGCGACAGUCAAUGGAGUCAAUGGCCUCCUAUUAUCUGGAGUUGCAAAUACCAGCGAAACGCCGAACAAAGCAUUGUAUGAUAAUGUGGCGAACUUCUGUGGUUCCGUGUGACCUUUCACUGCAUCUGCAUCUGCAACAACCAUCUCUGCCACCAAAAAACUACCACCUGAACCAAACGUUGUCUAUUUAUAUUUCGCUAGUGCCUGGAGAGUAACGAAGCAGCGCAUCUACCAUGUCUUACGAUUUUGCUGGGCGCAAUCCGGAUUUGUUCCUGAAGUUACGGAUCACCUGUUGCUUCGAGGGAACAAAAGCAAUGCCAGAAUGAAUCAACUUUUUUGAAAAAGGUUCACAACGUUUCCUAAGAUGCUGUCUCAUUAUGCUAAACAAGCGGGGUGUUUAGUUAGGAGAGAGUGAUUAAAUAUUCUGCAUAUAGCAAAUGGUUAGGUAGCAUAUUAACUAUC